UAUUCUUGGAAUACUGACAUUUGUUCCGGGGUUUUAUCACGUAAGAAUCGCUUACUACGCUUGGAGAGGAUAUAAAGGUUAUUCGUUCGAAGAUAUACCAGAGUAUAAUUGAGUGGUUGUAUUUAUUUAAAAUCCGAAAAUGGCAAGGAAUGCUGAUUCUGUUUUGAAAUAUUUGACUGAAGUUGAAGAGCAAGCCGAAGAUAUUCUCUCCGAUAAACAACAAAUUGUCGACUUGGACAAACGAAGAAAUAUGAACAGAGAAGCAUUAAGAGCUAUAAAGAAUGGCGUAGCCGCACCCAAUAAAUCUAAAACCUGGUUAAAUUUUGGUGGAAUGUUCAUCAAAUUACCGUCAAGCGCAGCAACUGAUAUGCUCACUACAGACCAACAUUACCUUGACGAAGAGAUCAACAGUGUUCGAACAAAGUUACAUGAUAAAAUUAAUAAAAUGCGAGAUGUUGAAGGACAAUCUGAUUUAAAAGGAUUUGACUUGAAUGCCUUAAGUAAAACUGAAUUAGAGGGUCUUCAGAAAAGUAGGCUGCUAUGAAAAAUAAAUCUACUUUUUGGCAAAAAUUUGUAAGAAUAAAUAGUCACCUUAAAUUAUAAUCUGGGUGUUGGAAAACGCACCAUUUGACCCUAAUAACGGCACUGUGGAAAUUAACAAUCUGUCAAAUAUUUUGAUAGGAUUUUCACAUUUACAUUCACACAUUUCACAUUCUUUGGGAGCGGAAAACUGAAAAAAAAAACGGCUAAAAUAUAAUAUGGCUAAGCGAGGCAUUUCGUUUGGUAAACAGUCCUAUUGCGUAUAGGAAUAGUUAACCAGUUGUUUGUUUCAGAUGCGUGAACUUGAUGGUGUAGGCUAGGGCUACUCAACUAUUUUUACCAAAGAUACGUAUACAAAAUUACUGAGUUCCAGUUUUUUCAGAAAUUAUAUUUAGACAUUUUUAAAUGCACACUUCCUUAGCUGGCUAUUGAUUAUUCUCUGAUCGAGAUAGUCCAGCGCAUUCAUAAGCAAAUUAUACAGUACCUUUAAAUCUAUAAAAGUCAUUUAAUAAAAGGAACAUUCACAUAUCCAAAGUGGCGCCAAUGAUCAGAAAUAAAGAAUCGGGUGCGGUCCGAAUCUAAUACUCGAAAGGUGCGAAUUCGGACCGCUGUCCGCCAGUUGAGUAGCCCUCGUGUAGGUCAUUGGCUUCUAUCAUCUAAUGUUAUUUCAGUGUAAAAAUGUCAAAUUUUGCUGUAAAUUGUAAUUUUUAAAUAUUUGAUGCCCAAAAUAAAUGGAAUAUUUGAAUACAUUCUAAAUUAGUUUUAUUCGAUUCAGUAAAUAAUCAAUUUUACGAAUCAUUUAAAAUGUUUUUAUUUGAAUAAAUUUAAUUUUGCACAAAUUAUCGUUCAUAAGUAAAAGGUGCAAUUCAUGAAAAUUGUUAUAGUUUUGCAAUUGGUGUUUGAAAAAAAUCUUGUCAUUUACCAAUCCCCUAAAAACGGUUGCAGAAGAGAAUUAUUAAAAAGGAUAACCAUUACUGUUAUGUAUUACUUUUAUUAAUAACAGUAAGUAGUUAUCAAAAUCCUUCGAAUUCAUCCUCGCUUUCACUGUCAGUUUGAUCUUUAGCUGUUGGAAUUAAGUUAGCAUAAUGUAAUUUUGUUUGAGUGCGAUCAGAGGUAUGGGCCAAAUUUUUAGUGCGAUCAGGUAAUACGGCGUAAUCAUUUUGCAAGCCACGGCCUCUCGUCUUGUUACCAGUCCAUGUCAGGUAUGAAAUUAGUUUGCCGGGUAUUUAUUUCAGGUGCAUGGAAACGUAUUUAUCUGUAUUUGUUGUCCAAUAACAGAAAUGUUACAAUCGUCAUCUGCUUUGUACUAAUCUGAAUUGAGUAGCAAUAAGUAUUUAGUAUAUACUGAAUAUGUCACUAUUGUUUUUCAUUGUUACUACCAUUUUUCCAUAAUAUUAUUAGCAAAAUGACUGUUAGGCCUAAUUGAUUGUUUAUCAGGAAAAUUUAUAAGGUCAUGUGCAUUAAAUCCCAAUUAAAGGGGACUCUGGGCUACUGCCGAAAUGUUACGAGAUGCUAAGAGUAUAUAGUUUUGUGAUGUUGCAUUGUUUACCAGCAGAUGCCAUUUACUUGAAAUUUGAAACAAAUCAUGUCAAUGCAAUCAGGCUUUUUGGCUUAGAAGUUUAUUUGUCUAGCCAACAGACCACAAAUGCUGAACGCAGUAUGUGUUAAUAAGUAGCAAAAUGAUUGUUUUUAGUUCUGGUAACUCUUAAACUUUUAUUAGCUAAUUUUUUGUGUCUAUUCAUUUUGACCCUAACGGAUUACAAUAUUUCUAAUUCCAUUUAUUACUUUCUCAUUAUUUAUUAUUUUAG